AUGCCUUACUGUGGACCCUCCUGUGCCGUGCCCUCUUGCGCCUCCGCCCCAGUGGUUGGCUUCGGAUCAGCUGGUUCCAGAGGCCUUGGCUGCGGACCUCUUGGCUAUGGUCUCGGAUCUGCAGGUCUCGGAUAUGGCGGUCUCGGAUAUGGUUUGGGCUACGGCCUCGGAGCUGGCGCCUUGGCCGAGUCCUCCGGAAGCCUGGGCACCCUGGCCGGAGUCAUCCCCAAACCCAUCAACCAGAUCCCACCAUCCGAGGUGACCAUCCAGCCCCCUGCAUUCGUGAUCACCAUCCCCGGCCCCAUCCUGUCUGCCAGCUGCGAGCCCGUGGCCGUCGGAGGCAACACCCCAUGCGCCCCCGGAGGUAUCGGAGGUACCGGAGGCUUCGGAGGCUUCGGACGCGUUGGUGGCGUCUACGGAGGCCGCCUGGGACGUCUCGGUCGCCGCGGCAGCCUCUGCAAUCCUUGCAACCUCCCCUGUUAA